CACACACAACGCUGACGUGCGACACAAUCACACAACCGCCUAAGCCUGCAGCGUCUUCACCACUUUGAGGCAGUCUGCACGGCUUUUCGCAGUUCCACACUCAUUCCACCACCGUCCUGGACCCGCCGUUCUGUCGUUCCGCACCCCCGUUCUGCACCAUUUUCCACCGCUCCCUUUCACGCCAACCACCGUUUCCAGUAUGGCAACGCCAACUGGACCUCGUCGCACCGGCGGCGCAAUUCGGCGACGCAACCGAAUGGACCGCGACGGCGACCUCGUCAUGGGCGUAGCUCCAAAAGCCCCUCGUCCAACAAGGCCAGCUUUGUCCACGCCAAAUAGUGCCUCUCUCACUGAACUGAAGGUUACCGGCUGGACCGACAAGAGCGAGGUUCCUAACAUCACUCACUUUCUCGAGAAGCACGCCGCAAAGCGUAGUAUACAUGCUAGGCGAAGUGGCCCCGUAGCACAGCUGAUCAAAAAGCAUCGCAUCGAAGGUGAUGGGCUGCUCAUCCUCCGUGUCAAGCCAGAAGACGUGGUCCCGUUCAGCAAGAUCAACGGUUUCACUUUCACCUCCAAACAUGGGAACCAGAAGCUUACCAUUGCUGGCCCUGGCAUCCGACCUCGCGAAGGCUCACCAACAAACAGCGCGUCCAAACCUACCACCGCUACCGAGAGCAGUGAGACCCUCUCUCUCAAACAGCAGUUUCUGCAGAUUCUAGGUCGCCGCUAUAAUGUUGCCGAGAAGCUUCUAGACUUGUCCACCCUCGCCACUGACGAGGACAUCCAGAAAACUGGCAUGUUCGACAAGAGCUCCACCUCAUCGAAGUUCUUUCCCGCCCUCAUGGCCGUCCUAGACAAAGAGAUCAAGACCGAGGCAGAGAAGCGAGAGGCCAUUCACAGUGUUAAGCUUAACGACAACAAUCUGUCGGAUCUCGCUCUCGUCUUCGACCUUGCCGUCACUCUCCCACAUAUCAAAAAUCUUGAUCUUUCAAGCAACAAGUUCACAAACACCAAAGCGCUGGGCCGCUGGAAGAACAAGUUCAGGAAUCUUGAACACAUUGUUAUCACCAACAACCCUCUCGAGGUUUCUCAACCCGGCUGGGAACAAGAACUCAUUACGUGGUUUCCCCGACUCCGACAAUUGAACGGUCAACAAGUUCGUACCGACGCUGAGAUUGCUCUGCUUGAUAAACCAAAACAUACACCAGUUCCAUCGCAGAAGCAAGUUUGGUUCGAUCCCGAUAAGAUUGCGGAGAAUUUCCUACUCGACUUCUUCCCUUCAUAUGACUCCAGCCGGGAUGCUGUCGUGCAGAGAUACUACGACAGUACUUCCACCUUUUCUCUCAGUGUCAACACUGCUGCCCACGGAGGCUCUAAUCAUGAGAAGACGCCUUGGGAUUCAUACAUUCCCUUGAGCCGAAAUAUUAGGCGCAUCAACAACAGCAGGCCGCGCUUUUCACGAAAGCAUAUUGGAGUUGAGCGAAUCCAGAGGGCAUGGGCUCAACUUCCACCAACCCGACACCCGAGCUUUCAGACCGACAUGCAGAAGUACUCCAUGAACUGCCAAACCCAGGCCAGCGUCCCAGACCCCACCGGUCAACACCCUGGCCUCAAUGGCCUCAUUGUCACCGUCCAUGGAGAGUAUGAAGAGCACCGCACCGCGAAGGGUGCCAAUGAAAUCGUCCGCCGCUGCUUCGACCGCACCUUCAUUCUAGGACCUGGCGGCGCUACGGGCGUGAGGGUUGUGAGUGACAUGCUCUGCCUCCGAGCAUACGGUGGUGUUCCUGCUUGGACCCGUAUUGCCACCCCAUCAACCACCACCAACAAGCAUCAACCGGUACCUGUGGCUACCACAACUACUAAUCAAUUGGGUGUUGCGACUACCACGACUACCACGACUACUACGACCGACACGGUACUCACACCAGAACAACAACAAUUGGUGUUGUAUGUCUCUAAAGAAACCAACAUGACUCUUGACUACUCGAAGUUGUGCUUGGAGUCCGCCAAUUGGGAUCUUCAGCAAGCUGCAGAACUCUUCACCGCCCAACGAGGCAGCCUUCCAGCUGAAGCCUUCAUCACCACCAUAUAAAUAGCGAGACUAUCCCUGGCCUUCCACAAUAUGUGCGAGCAGUCUUUCUUCCACUAGAACCUCUUUUCAGCGCCGAGCGGGUAGGAGGAAGGCGCUAUCUCAAAAAAAUUUCUACGAGCAAAAACUUGCUUCGUUCACAACUUCUUUACACUAGAUACGAACUUAGUUCGGUUACAACUGCUCUACACUGGAUACAAGCUUACUCCAAUCGAAACUUCUUUACAACGGGUACAAAAACGGGUUUUGCAUUAAUGGGGUCUAUGGGCCUUCGGGUUACAUUGCAUGGGUGGAAGCAAUC